AUGUUAGCGGUCAGAGACACUGACUAUAAUUCCGCACCAAUCCCAGACAUCCCCGAGCUGACUUUCCGUCCCACUGACGUCAAUUGCAGACACACAAACUACGACGACCCCGUGGUCGUCUCUAUCCAACUGGGAGACCUUAUUGUUCGGAAGGCAUUGCUUGAUCCAGGGAGUAGUGCUGAUGUACUUUUUUUUGCAACAUUUCAAAAAAUGAAAUUGAGCACUAACAUUUUGCAGCCAUAUUCGGGAGACUUGGUUGGAUUCUCAGGAGAGCGAGUGCCCGUCCUGGGGUCCGCAUGGUUGCAAACUACACUAGGCGAACAACCAUUAUCCAGAACACAGGAUAUUCAAUAUCUCAUCGUAGACUGUUUUAGCCCUUAUAAUCUUAUCUUAGGGAGACCUUUUUUAAACAGAUUUGCUGCUAUUGUUUCUACAUAUCACCUCUGUGUCAAGUUCCCUGUGCAGGAUAAUAUCGUUGCAACCAUACAUGGCGAUCUGCAAGAAGCUCGGCAAUGCUACAACGUAAGUUUGAAACCCAUCAGAAAGAAAACUGAAGCUCGGGUCAACUCAAUACAAUCCAAACAACCAAUCUUGGCAGAAUUAGACCCAAGAGCUGACUUCCAGGAACGUCCCACGCCUAAUGAAGAUCUUCACAAGGUCGUCUUAACCGAAGAUCCAGCAAAAUUCACAUUCAUCGGAACAUCAAUGGACGACGAGGUCAGAAUAAAGCUAAUUAAUUUCUUGUGUGCGAACGCCGACCUUUUUGCAUGGACUUCCGGAGACAUGCCAGGGAUUAUUCCGUUAGUAAUUACACACAAAUUGGCUGUCAGUCCGGCAGCCCGACCAGUUUCCCAGAAAAAGAGAAACCUCGGCGCAGAAAAGCGAUCAGCAUCCAUGACAGAAGUCAACAAACUCCUCGAAGCAAAAUUCAUCCACGAAAUCAGGUUCACCACGUGGUUGGCCAACGUCGUUAUGGUAAAAAAGAAUAACGGUAAAUGGCGCAUGUGCGUCGACUUUACUGAUUUAAAUAAAGCAUGCCCAAAGGAUGCUUAUCCUCUACCUUGCAUAGACACUUUAGUAGAUAACUCCUGUGGUUAUGACACUUUGAGUUUCAUGGAUGCAUAUGCUGGUUAUAAUCAGAUCCUUAUGCAUCCAUCAGACCAAGAAAAAAUAGCUUUCAUAACUGAAUAUGGUAAUUACUGCUAUAAUGUUAUGCCUUUCGGUUUAAAGAAUGCAGGGGCGACGUACCAACGACUGAUGAACAGGAUUUUCGAACACCAAAUAGGUAGAAAUAUCGAGGUAUACGUGGACGACAUGGUCGCCAAGACAAAGAUCGGCCAAUCCCACAUACAGGAUCUUGAAGAAAUAUUUGCUCAAAUCAGAAAAUAUAAUAUGCGGCUAAACCCUGAGAAGUGUGCCUUUGGUGUAAAAGGCAGAAAAUUUCUCGGAUUUAUUCUGACAAGUCGGGGUAUCGAGGCAAAUCCAGAAAAAUGUCAAGCAAUACUUGAUAUGUGCAGUCCAAAGACAACAAAAGAUGUUCAAAGGUUAACAGGCAUAUUAGCGGCAUUGUCAAGAUUCUUGCCAUGCUUGGCCUUCAAAUCUUUCAACUUUUUCCAAUGUUUAAAGAAAAGUGCGAAGAGCUUUUUCUGGGAUGAGAAAUGUGAAGAAGCAUUUUUGAGCUUGAAACAGUUCCUCUCCAACCACCUGUUUUGCAGAAACCUAAGCUCGGCGACCCAUUAUACCUAUAUUUGUCUGUCACUGAGAUGA